AUGGGAUCCCUCCCGAAAUCUCUUAUUUCCUUAGGACUUCAUACAUAUCAUGACCAUUCUCUGAGUGGGCAUUUUGGUGUUCAUCGUACAUUAGCACGAAUUCGUUCCCGAUUUUGGUGGCCUAAUAUGCGUCGGUCAGUGCAAAAUUAUGUCGCAUCUUGUAUGAAAUGUGCUCAACAUAAUAUUGCUCGUAACAAACCCCAUGGCCACCUUAAAUCUAUUUCCCCUCCAUCUGCAGUAUUUCAAGUUAUUCAUAUGGAUUUUUGGGGUCCUGUUCGAGUACCUUCCUCUAAUGGCAAUCAUUAUGUUAUUGUUCUCACGGAUAAUUUAUUUAAUCGUUGUCCUAAAAGUCCCUUCGAUGGUGUUUCUCCUACUAUCGCUCUACCUCCUGCUCAUACCUUUUACCCCUAUGUAGAACGCACUCGCCGUCUUCUCGCAGAUCGAGCACGAACCAAUAUUCUAAAAUCUCAAUCUUGUUGGCAAAAACGAUUCAAUGAAAAUUGUCGUAACAUACAAUAUCGUGUUAAUGAUCUUGUUUAUGUCCAAGUUUGCGCUGACCGUGCUAAGCUUGAUGCUCGUUGGCUUGGACCAUGUAUUAUAAUUAAAACUGAUGGUCAACAGAAUUAUCUCGUUCGUGAUGAUCUUACAGGGAGAACUGACUGGUAG